AUGCAUGAGGUCAGCAUUCAUGUCAAGUUGAAAGUAUUUUUCUUCUCUCUCUUUGACUCUCCCUUCUUAUGAUCCCAUCCCACAUUGGCCUCUGGGAUAAAUGAGUUGAUUUCCUGUGUGCAAACAAAAACAAAAACAGACAGAGCUAGCUCUAGAGAGGGGUUGACAAAGUUUUACUCAAAGUCUUUUCACAUUUCAAACUUGAGAAGAAAAAUAGAAAAACACUUGGUUGGCAGUCAAUCCCUUUUCUCCUCUCUCUCUCAAUUUCAAUUCAAUUCAAUUCAAUUCAAUUUAAGGGCACUAUUGGCAUGGGAAACAUAUGUUAACAUUACCAAAGCAAGUGAAGUAGAUAAUAAACAAAAGUGAAAUAAACAAUAAAUAUUAACAGUAAACAUUACACUCAGAAGUUCCAAAAGAAUAAAGACAUUUCAAAUGUCAUAUUAUGUAUAUAUACAGUGGGGAAAAAAAGUAUUUAGUCAGCCACCAAUUGUGCAAGUUCUCCCACUUAAAAAGAUGAGAAAGGCCUGUAAUUUUCAUCAUAGGUACACGUCAACUAUGACAGACAAAUUGAGAAAAAAAAAUCCAGAAAAUCACAUUGUAGGAUUUUUAAUGAAUUUAUUUGCAAAUUAUGGUGGAAAAUAAGUAUUUGGUCACCUACAAACAAGCAAGAUUUCUGGCUCUCACAGACCUGUAACUUCUUCUUUAAGAGGCUCCUCUGUCCUCCACUCGUUACCUAUAUUAAUGGCACCUGCUUGAACUUGUUAUCAGUAUAAAAGACACCUGUCCACAACCUCAAACAGUCACACUCCAAACUCCACUAUGGCCAAGACCAAAGAGCUGUCAAAGGACACCAGAAACAAAAUUGUAGACCUGCACCAGGCUGGGAAGACUGAAUCUGCAAUAGAUAAGCAGCUUGGUUUGAAGAAAUCAACUGUGGGAGCAAUUAUUAGGAAAUGGAAGACAUACAAGACCACUGAUAAUCUCCCUCGAUCUGGGGCUCCACACAAGAUCUCACCCCGUGGGGUCAAAAUGAUCACAAGAACGGUGAGCAAAAAUCCCAGAACCACACGGGGGGACCUAGUGAAUGACCUGCAGAGAGCUGGGACCAAAGUAACAAAGCCUACCAUCAGUAACACACUACGUCGCCAGGGACUCAAAUCCUGCAGUGCCAGAUGUGUCCCCCUGCUUAAGCCAGUACAUGUCCAGGCCUGUCUGAAGUUUGCUAGAGUGCAUUUGGAUGAUCCAGAAGAGGAUUGGGAGAAUGUCAUAUGGUCAGAUGAAACCAAAAUAUAACUUUUUGGUAAAAACUGUUUUUCUGCAAAGGGACCAGGACGACUGAUCUGUGUAAAGGAAAGAAUGAAUGGGGCCAUGUAUCGUGAGAUUUUGAGUGAAAACCUCCUUCCAUCAGCAAGGGCAUUGAAGAUGAAAUGUGGCUGGGUCUUUCAGCAUGACAAUGAUCCCAAACACACCGCCUGGGCAACGAAGGAGUGGCUUCGUAAGAAGCAUUUCAAGGUCCUGGAGUGGCCUAGCCAGUCUCCAGAUCUCAACCCCAUAGAAAAUCUUUGGAGGGAGUUGAAAGUCUGUGUUGCCCAGCGACAGCCCCAAAACAUCACUGCUCUAGAGGAGAUCUGCAUGGAGGAAUGGGCCAAAAUACCAGCAACAGUGUGUGAAAACCUUGUGAAGACUUACAGAAAACGUUUGACCUGUGUCAUUGCCAACAAAGGGUAUAUAACAAAGUAUUGAGAAACUUUUGUUAUUGACCAAAUACUUAUUUUCCACCAUAAUUUGCAAAUCAAUUCAUUAAAAAUCCUACAAUGUGAUUUUCUGGAUUUUUUUUUCUCAUUUUGUCUGUCAUAGUUGACGUGUACCUAUGAUGAAAAUUACAGGCCUCUUUCAUCCUUUUAAGUGGGAGAACUUGCACAAUUGGUGGCUGACUAAAUACUUUUUUUCCCCACUGUACAGUGUUGUCACAAUGUGCAAAUAGUUAAAGUACAAAUGGGAAAAUAAAUAAACAUAAAUAUGGGUUGUAUUUACAAUGGUGUUUGUUCUUCACCGGUUGCCCUUUUCUUGUGGCAACAGAUCACAAAUCUUGCUGCUGUGGUGGCACACUGUGGUAUUUCACCCAGUAGAUAAGGGAGUUUAUCAAAAUUGGGUUUGUUUUCAAAUUCUUUGUGGAUCUGUGUAAUCUGAGGGAAAUGUGUGUCUCUAAUAUGGUCAUACAUUUGGCAGGAGGUUAGGAAGUGCAGCUCAGUUUCCACCUCAUUUUGUGGGCAGUGUGUACGUAGCCUGUCUUCUCUUGAGAGCCAGGUCUGCCUACGGCAGCCUUUCUCAAUAGCAAGGCUAUGCUCACUGAGUCUGUGCUUUCCUUAAGUUUGGGUCAGUCACAGUGGUCAGGUAUUCUGCCACUGUGUACUCUCUGUUUAGGGCCAAAUAGCAUUCUAGUUUGCUCUGUUUUUUUGUUAAUUCUUUCCAAUGUGUCAAGUAAUUCUCUUUUUGUUUUCUCAUGAUUUGGUUGGGUCUAAUUGUGUUGUUGUCCUGGGGCUCUGUGGGGUCUGUUUGUGUUUGUGAACAGAGCCCCAGGACCAGCUUGCUUAGGGGACUCUUCUCCAAGUUCAUCUCUCUGUAAGUGAUGGCUUUGUUAUGGAAGGUUUGGGAAUCGCUUCCUUUUAUGUGGUUAUAGAAUUUAACAGCUCUUUUCAGGAUUUUGAUAAUUAGCGGGUAUCGGUCUAAUUCUGUUCUGCAUGCAUUAUUUGGUGUUUUUCGUUGUACACAGAGGAUAUUUUUGCAGAAUUCUGCAUGCAGAGUCUCAAUUUGGUGUUUGUCCCAUUUUGUGAAUUCUUGGUUGGUGAGCGGACCACAGACCUCAUAACCAUAAAGGGCCAUUUUUUAAGUAUUUUUAGCCAGAUCCUAAUUGGUAUGUCAAAUUUGUUGUUCCUUUUGAUGGCAUAGAAGGCCCUUCUUGCCUUGUCUCUCAGAUCGUUCACAGCUUUGUGGAAGUUACCUGUGGCGCUGAUGUUUAGGCCGAGGUAUGUAUAAUUUUUGUGUGCUCUAGGGCAAUGGUGUCUAGAUGGAAUUUGUAUUUGUGGUCCUGGCAACUGCACCUUUUUUGGAACACCAUUAUUUUUGUCUUACUGAGAUUUACUGUCAGGGCCAAGGUCUGGCAGAAUCUGUGCAGAAUAUCUAGGUGCUGCUAUAGGCCCUCCUUGGUUGGUGACAGAAGCACCAGAUCAUCAGCAAACAUUAGACAUUUUACUUCAGAUUCUAGUAGGGUGAGGCCGGGUGGGUGCUGCAGACUGUUCUAAUGCCCUCGCCAAUUCGUUGAUAUAUAUGUUGAAGAGGGUGGGGCUUAAACUGCAUCCCUGUCUCACCCCACGGCCCUGUGGAAAGAAAUGUGUGUGUUUUUUGCCAAUUCUAUCCACACACUUGUUGUUUGUGUACAUGGAUUUUAUAAUGUCGUAUGUUUUUCCUCCAACGCCACUUUCCAUCAAUUUGUAUAGUAGACCCUCAUGCCAAAUUGAGUCAAAAGCUUUUUUGAAAUCAACAAAGCAUGAGAAGAAUUUGCCUUUGUUUUGGUUUGUUUGUCAAUUAGGGUGUGCAGGGUGAAUACGUGGUCUGUCGUACGGUAAUUUGGUAAAAAGCCAAUUUGACAUUUGCUCAGUACAUUGUUUUCACUGAGGAAAUGAACUAGUCUGCUGUUAAUGAUAAUGCAGAGGAUUUUCCCAAGGUUGCUGUUGACGCAUAUCCCACGGUAGUUAUUGGAGUCAAAUUUGUCUCCACUUUUGUGGAUUGGCGUGAUCAGUCCUUGGUUCCAAAUAUUGGGGAAGAUGCCAGAGCUGAGGAUGAUGUUAAAGAGUUUAGUAUAGCCAAUUGGAAUUUGUGGUCUGUAUAUUUUAUCAUUUCAUUGAGGGUACCAUCAACACCACAGGCCUUUUUGGGUUGGAGGGUUUGUAUUUUGUCCUGUAGUUCAUUCAAUGUAAUUGGAGAAUCCAGUGGGUUCUGGUAGUCUUUAAUAGUUGACUUGAAGAUUUGCAUUUGAUCAUGUAUAUCUCUUUGCUGUUUGUUCUUUGUUAUAGGGCCAAAAAGACUGGAGAAGUGGUUUCUCCGUUUUGGAUAGAUAGCUCUUCGUGUUGUUGUUUGUUUAGUGUUUUCCAAUUUUCCCAGAAGUGGUUAGAGUCUAGGGAUUCUUCAAUUACAUUGAGCUGAUUUCUGACAUGCUGUUCCUUCUUUUUCCAUAGUGUAUUUCUGUAUUGUUUUAGUGAUUCACCAUAGAGAAGGCGUAGGCUCAGGUUUUCUGGGUCUCUAUGUUUUUGGUUGGAUAGUUUUCUCAAUUUCUUUCUUAGAUUUUUGCAUUCUUCAUCAAACCAUUUGUCAUUGUUGUUACUUUUCUUCUGUUUUCUGUUAGAGAUUUUUAGAUUUGAUAGGGAAGCUGAGAGGUCAAAUAUACUGUUUAGGUUUUCUACUGGCAAGUUUACACCUUCACUAUUACAGUGGAACGUUUUGUCCAGGAAGUUGUCUAAAAGGGAUUGAAUUUGUUGUAGCCUAAUUGUUUUUUGGUAGGUUUCGACACUACUUUCCUUCCAUCUAUAGCAUUUCUUAAUAUUAUUCAAUUCCUUUGGCUUUGAUGCCUCAUGAUUGAGUAUUGCUCUGUUCAAGUAGACUGUGAUUUUGCUGUGGUGUGAUAGGGGUGUCAGUGGGCUGACUGUGAUUUUGCUGUGGUGUGAUAGGGGUGUCAGUGGGCUGACUGUGAUUUUGCUGUGGUGUGAUAGGGGUGUCAGUAGGCUGACUGUGAUUUUGCUGUGGUGUGAUAGGGGUGUCAGUGGGCUGACUGUGAUUUUGCUGUGGUGUGAUAGGGGUGUCAGUGGGCUGACUGUGAUUUUUCUGUGGUGUGAUAGGGGUGUCAGUGGACUGACUGUGAUUUUGCUGUGGUGUGAUAGGGGUGUCAGUGGGCUGACUGUGAUUUUGCUGUGGUGUGAUAGGGGUGUCAGUGGGCUGACUGUGAUGUUGCUGUGGUGUGAUAGGGCUGUCAGUGGGCUGACUGUGAUUUUGCUGUGGUGUGAUAGGGCUGUCAGUGGGCUGACUGUGAUUUUUCUGUGGUGUGAUAGGGGUGUCAGUGGACUGACUGUGAUUUUGCUGUGGUGUGAUAGGGGUGUCAGUGGGCUGACUGUGAUUUUGCUGUGGUGUGAUAGGGGUGUCAGUGGGCUGACUGUGAUUUUGCUGUGGUGUGAUAGGGGUGUCAGUGGGCUGACUGUGAUUUUGCUGUGGUGUGAAAGGGAUGUCAGUGGGCUGACUGUGAUUUUGCUGUGGUGUGAUAGGGGUGUCAGUGGGCUGACUGUGAUUUUGCUGUGGUGUGAUAGGGGUGUCAGUGGGCUGACUGUGAAUGCUCUGAGAGACUGCAGGGGUUGUGACCCGUUUUUGUUGGUUAUGUUGUCAUAGUUGUGCCUAGGGGGGCAUAUGGGGGAGGGAAUGCUGUGACCUCCAGGUAGGUGUUUGUCCCCCUGUGUGCUGAGGGUGUCAGGUUCUUGUCCAGUUAUGGCAUUUAGGUCGCCACAGACUAGUACAUGUCCCUGGGUCUGGAAAUGAUUGAUUUCCCCCUCCAGGAUGGAGAAGCUGUCUUCAUUAAAGUAUGGGGAUUCUAGUGGGGGGAUAUAGGUAGCACACAGGAGGGCAUUUUUCUCUGUUGAGGUCAUUUCCUUUAAAAUUUCUAGCCAAAUGUAAAAUGUUCCUGUUUUGAUUAAUUUAAUUGUGAGUUAGGUCUGCUCUAUACCAAAUUUGCAUACCCCCUGAGUCCCUUCCCUGUUUCACACCUGGUAGUUUGGUGGAUGGGACCUCUCUCUCUCUCUCUCUCUCUCUCUCUCUCUCUCUCUUGCUCUCUCUCUCUCUCACUCUCUCUAUUUCUCUCUCUCUCUCUCUCUCUCUCUCUCUCUCUCUCUCUCUCUCUCUCUCUCUCUCUCUCUCAAGGUGAAGGUCAGACUUCUUCAGACAAGCAGUUUGACAGACAGAUGCAUCUCCUUUGCUUUGUGGCAACACAAUCCUAGCCAAACACUCUUGAUGAAGUCAUCAUCUCCAUCGUGGGAGAGAGCAGUGGAGGCUCGCAGACUGUUUUUAUUCACGCUGAAUAAUCAAGCUAAUCAAUAUUCUAUCAGCAGGCCACAUCAUCAAACACUGUCAUUAUCUGUGUUUCUCUCCUGGUGACUCUGUCACUAAGCCUGGCUGGGCACAGCCCCGAGCCACACCGCCUUGCCUUGUCCUCCUCAUCCUCAGCCCCGAGCCACACCGCCUUGCCUUGUCCUCCUCAUCCUCAGCCCCGAGCCACACCGCCUUGCCUUGUCCUCCUCAUCCUUGUCCCCCUCAUCACACAAAUUAAGUCAUUUUCUGUCUGUUCCUAGGCAAUAUCCAUCUGGUUCCUGUAUUGUUUGAGUGGUUUUGGUUUAUGUGUGUGAAAAAGUGAUUAUCAUUUACUCCUCUCUGGCUCUGUAAAGUCCCUCCAAGUGUUCUUCUUCCCAAAGAGAGAGAACUUUGGGGGGAAGAGAAGUUCCGACCAAAGUGAUAUCACGUCCUGGAUUAGACUUCAAAUGAGAAAUCAGCCCAGUUUACCAAAACACACAUUAAUCUUUUGUAGAAGUGAUCACUGACAGUAGAACUGACCUCACAUAAACUCUGUUCAUUUGCAGCUGUCAGAAACUCUGUUCAUGUGCAGCUGUCAGAAACUCUGUUCAUGUGCAGCUGUCAGAAACUCUGUUCAUGUGCAGCUGUCAGAAACUCUGUUCAUGUGCAGCUGUCAGAAACUCUGUUCAUGUGCAGCUGUCAGAAACUCUGUUCAUGUGCAGCUGUCAGAACACAUUCUCUUUUGUUUCUUUCGAUUACUCUCUCAUCUUUCAUGUUUGAUCAGUUAUAUUGAUGCUAUUUCUUCUCAUGCAACCAGGUUUACUGAGUGAGUGAGUGAGUGAGUGAGUGAGUGAGUGAGUGAGUGAGUGAGUGAGUGAGUGAGUGAGUGGGUGAGUGGGUGAGUGAGUGAUUGAAUAAGUGAAUGAGUGAAUGAGUGAGUGAGUCAGUGAGUGAGUCAGUGAGUGAAUCAGUGAGUGGUCAUAACUGUCCGUUGUCCUCUGCAGAUAUUGAUGAGUGCAGUAUAAACCGCGGUGGCUGUAAAUAUGGCUGUGUCAACACUCAGGGCAGCUAUGAGUGUACUUGUCCACCUGGAUACAAGCUACACUGGAAUAGGAAGGACUGCAUUGGUAUGUAACAACACCACCACCCGGUGGUCAGAACAUAGAAACACACAUUAUGGUUUGGUUCCAAAGUAAUUGAAAGGAUGGUGUAAUUGAGGAGUAGUGUAUGAUUGUGAUGUUGUUUUUGUGUUCAUCCAGAGCUGAUGAAAUGUCUGCCUGGCCUAGCUCCAAAGACCACUCUGACCUGCAGUAAAACAGGCAAGAAAGAGAGCUGCUCCCUCACCUGCUCCUCCAAGGCUCACUAUCUGGCAGGUAGAGACAUCCAUUUUACAUUUACAUUUUAGUCAUUUAGCAGACACUCUUAUCCAGAGCGACUUACAGUUAGUGAGUGCAUACAUUUUCAUACUGGCCCCCCAUGGGAAACGAACCCACAACCCUGGCGUUGCAAGCGCCAUGCUCUACCAACUAAGCUACAGGGGACUACGUCCAUAUAAAAUAUCAGCGUUAAUACACAUUCUUACAGUUUUUAUCUCAGACAUUGUGUGCUAUUGAUUUAAAUGACUUCUGACUGAAGCUGUAACUAUGUUUGAUCAUUUGCAGAAUCUGACAGCAGCUAUACAAUGAGCUGUGGCAUCCCCAUCCUGCGAGGCAAAACCCCAGCCAGACUGAACACAAGCAGCACUCCGAGCUGCAUAGGUACAGUGUCCCACAGAAACAUUCUUAGGACUUAGGUAGAAGGUUGCAGAUGUAGCUAGGGUUAGGGUUUGGGUUAGGGUAAGGGUUGCGGCUGGAGCUAGGGUUAGGGUAAGGGUUUGGGUUAGGGUAAGGGUUGCGGCUGGAGCUAGGGUUAGGGUUUGGGUUAUGGUCAGAAUCAAUGGGUUUGUAUAUUGUUCCUAUCUGUGCCACUGCAUAUAUGCAACUGUUGUGGACUGAAUGGUUCUGUUGUAGUGUGAUCCUUCUCUACACCCAUCCACCUACACUGCUCUGUUUGCCUGUAGAAACAGGGGCCCCUCCAGUGAAGCAGACCGCCUCUUUCAAGAUCAAAGAUGCCAAGUGCCACCUGCACCCCAAGCUGACAGGCCGGGCUGAGGACAGGGGCCGAGCGCUGGGGCCAGGUGAGGGGCCACAUCUGGCCUACAUUCCAGACCUUGGUAAUGAUGGCCUUACAAAAAAACUGACAAUUCAACUACAGUGCAUUCUUUUUUUCUGUAUGUCUCAUAUUCAGUGUGUGCAUAUUCAACAGCAAAUUUGUAGGUAAGUGGGUCUCUGUGUAUUUGCUACAUAGUAACCCUCACUGUGAUUAUGUGCAAUGAAGCCAGUAAUCUGUCUAACAUAUGCAGCUAACAGACCAAUGCUACCACCCCAACUCUAACCCAUAAAAGACCAAGCAUUGAUGUUGACACCCAGUAAUUUACCAUGUUGUUUUACAAUAAUGUGCCCCUAGGAAGUGGACAGCCCUGCAGUAACUGCCUGGUUACGUUUGUCAACCUCAAAUGUGACUCCUCCAAGAAGGCCAAAGGGCGUCGUGCCCGUAACCCCACCAACAAAGAAGUGACACGCAUCACCCUGGAGCUCGAGGCGGAGGUCAAGCCAGGAGACACCACAGGUCAAUCAGUCUGGACACCAGUACUGAGAUUUACAAGAUGUCCGCUUUGAUAUACCUCCUUGCCACUGUGAUUGACUGAUUGAUUCAUUUUUUGAUUGCUUAAGGAAUUCAUUGAUUCAUUGAUUGAUCUGGUCAUAUGUACUGUCCCUUCUCCCCCAUAGGGAGCUGUAACCUGAGUUGCCUGCGCCAGCGCAUGGAGAAGCAGGUGAAGACAUACAUCAAGGCCCUGAAGAAGUCGAUCAACCAGGAGCGUUUCCUGAUACGUGUGGCUGGGCUGGAGUACGAGGUGGCCCAGAAGCUGCCCCAGGUCGACUCAGGCCACGAGAACUGUGGUCCAGGAUGGGAGAAGGACAGCGGACGAUGUGGUAAGAAAGACCAGUUUGGCAGCCAUCUUUCUCUGUCACCAGUUACCAUGUAGACCAUGACUCUGUACGAACAUUUUAUUAUAUUACAGAUGGCAUAAACAGUCAAGGCCCUGUGAUGACACAAACCAUAAGCUGACAUCAGUUCUCAUGACUAUUUAUGACUCGUGUGUACUUAUGUAUUCUUAGAGUCUCAUGUACUGAAUAGAAAAACAUCUCCAGAUGUUGGUGUGUUAGUUUGGAGUCAAGAGUGUUUGGUGUCAGUGUGUGUACUGUACUGUAUAGCUCUCUCACCAGACCCCCUGGCUAUUCUCUCAGUCAGAUGUUUGCCGGGAUCUUACUACCAUGGGGAACAGGAGCGCUGUGUCCAGUGCCCACCUGGCACCUUCCAGGAGAGGGAGGGGCAGCUGGCCUGUGACCUGUGCCCAGGCAGUGAUGGGCAUGGACCUGCCGGGGCUCGCAACAUCUCCUCCUGCGCAGGUACAUACACACCCCUGAUGGCAGAGUGCACUAAUUAUCCAUUCAGUGAAGUGUAGCACAGUGUACUGUACUUCUCUAUCUGACUGAAAGUGUCUUGUUACUGUUGUCUACAUCAAGGUCAGUGCCCAACUGGCUACUUCUCCAGUGAUGGGUUUCAGCCAUGCCAGCCAUGCCUGUUUGGCUCCUACCAGCCUGACCUGGGACGGACCCUGUGCUUCCCCUGCGGAGGGGGGCUGAGCACCAAGCGGGAGGGGGCCAGCUCCUUCCAUGACUGUGAGGUCAAAGGUCAGUUCAUAUUAUCCUCACAUCUGUGCCAUUGAUUCAAUAUUAUUUCACCUCAGAUUUGGUUUGUAAGAGUGAAUAUGUGUGUGUCCCUCUCCUCUCUGCAGUUCAGUGCUCCCCUGGCCACUACUACAACACUACGGUGCACCGCUGUAUUCGUUGCCCUUUGGGCAGCUACCAGACAGAGUUCAGACAGAACUACUGCAUCACCUGUCCUGGUAACACCACUACAGACUUUGAUGGUGCCACCAGUGUCUCUCAGUGCAAGAGUAAGUUCCUGAUUGUAUAAACCUGCUAUCUGCAUACAGAAUGCAUUUUCUGACAGAAAAACUUUUCCUUUUGGACUUUCAAAAAAUGUAGCCUUGAGCCUUAAUUUGCAAACCUUUUCUAUGAAUAUUAAAUUCAAAAUACAGGUUGCAUAAAUUGCCCUAAAGGAAAUUGGUCCACACUUAACAAAUUGAAUUUUUUAUUUGAUCUAUCCAGCCAAAUAGAAAUAUGGAUUUUUUCUUUCCAAAACUCCAGAUGGAUUCACUAAUAACGUGUAUUAUAUUGUGUAUGCGUGUGUGUGUACGUUAGACCGAGAAUGCGGAGGAGAGAUGGGUGAGUUCACAGGUUACAUUGAGUCGCCCAACUACCCUGGGAACUACCCAGCUAAUGUGGAAUGCAUCUGGAACAUCAACCCACCCAACAAGCGCAAGAUUCUCAUGGUGGUGCCUGAGAUCUUCCUGCCCUCAGAGGACGAGUGUGGAGACGUACUGGUUAUGAGGAAGAAUUGUAAGCACCUCUCAUAUAACCCAGCCCAUGUGUUUAAUAUAAUUCCAUUCACUACAUUCCAGCCAUUAUUAUGAGCUGUCCUCCCGUCACCAGCCUCCUCUCAACCCAGUGUGGUGUUCCACAAUAUCAAUCCACUCUAUAGAGAUUGGAUCUAGGUUUCAAUAAACACGGAACAUUCUCAAACAACAAAUACUGUACUAUACAUAGUUCAAUUUUAAGGUUUUAGUUUUUAAGGCGUCUACUUGAGAAGCUUUCAAGUUCAGGAAAUUAUCAUAAGAGCAGAUUGAGAUUGAGUGCCUGCAUACCCUAUGUGCAAAGUAUUUUGUCAAUCUUCUCUGUCUCUCGUCUGUUCUUCCAGGGUCAGCCACGUCCAUCACAACCUAUGAGACGUGUCAGACGUAUGAGCGACCUAUAGCCUUCACCGCCCGCUCCCGCAGACUCUGGAUCAACUUCAAGUCCAACGAGGCUAACAGUGCCCGAGGCUUCCAGAUCCCCUAUGUCACCUAUGACGGUAAACUCUCACCCACCACACAGACAUUCACUGACGAAACAGAGGGGGCAAGUCUUCGGAUUCUGAGGUGUUUAUUGUAUCGUGUUUUUGUGCAUUCACAGAGGAUUAUGAACAGCUUGUAGAGGACAUUGUCAGAGAUGGAAGACUCUAUUCCUCUGAAAACCAUCAAGAAAUCCUAAAGGUUAGUGCCUGCUGCUAAGAUACAUACUACUGCAUCCCUCAGUGGGUCAUAUUCAUGUUCAAGUCAGGUAUUGUCUGAAUAAAUACUUUUCAAUACUUGAAUACUUGUCAGUAAAGUGGGCUGUGUUGUUCUCUUCUUCCUAUCAGGAUAAAAAGCUGAUUAAAACUCUCUUCGACGUGCUGGCCCACCCAAACAACUACUUCAAGUACACCCCUCGGGAGUUCAGCGAGAUGCUGCCGCGCUCCUUCUUGCGCCUCAUAAGCAGCAAAGUCUCUGCGUUCUUGCGACCAUAUAAGUAG